CUCAUUUCUCGUGACGUAUGACGUCAGAAGGCCAUUUGUAAUAUAUCAGAAAAGCUGAUAUUUUCUCUCUAAGUUUCGUUUAUAACUCAGCUGGAAGACAGACAAUAUUUACAAAAGUAGGGACUAAAACAUAACCAACAAUAUGUCGCUGUAUCCCACACUAGAGGAUAUGAAGGUUGACCAGAUGCAACAGGCCCAGGUUCAAUACCAGCAAGCAGCCCAGCAGCCUGCUGUGCAGUACCCUGGAGAGGCAGCCCAGACCUACCCCACAGCUGCUGCUGCUGGGGGGUCAUCUUUAUACCCCUCUCUCCAGGACUACAUGGGUCUCUCCCUCAGCCCUGAAUGUAUCGCACAGAACAUGCCUGUUGUCGCUGCCAAUCAGAAUCAGCAGGUAGCUGUUCCUGCGUAUGGACGUGUAACGGGAGCUGGUCAGAUGCAAGUUGCGCCAGUAACAGGCAAUGACGUUGGAUUGCGACGUGCGGAAAUUAAGGAUGGGAUUAGAUUUGUGCAGCUGUGUAAAGAUCAGAGUGGAAUGAUUGGACUAAGAGUCCGACAUGUUAACAAAGGUUUAUUUGUUGCCUUUGUGCAUGCUAAUUCUCCAGCCUCUCUGGCUGGUGUAAGGUUUGGGGAUCAAAUCCUGCAGAUCAAUGACCAGACAGUGGCAGGCUGGGACAAUGAUAAGGCACACAAGUAUCUGAAGAAAUGUGAACCACAGAAAAUCACCAUGGCAAUUAGAGACAGACCAUUUGAGCGAACCAUCACAAUGCAUAAAGAUAGUGGUGGCACCAUUGGAUUUGUAUUCAAGAAUGGUAAAAUCAACUCCUUGGUCAAGGAUUCGUCUGCCGCUAGGAAUGGCGUCCUAACUGAGCACCAUCUUGUGGAGGUGAAUGGACAGAACUGUGUUGGACUUAAGGAUGAAGACACGCGUGAACUGAUCCGUUCUGGUCCAGAGUGUAUCACUAUCACAAUCAUGCCAAGUUUCAUAUAUGAGCACAUCAUCAAAUGUAUGGGGAACAGUCUAGUUAAGAAGUUGAUGGAUCACUCAAUCCCUGACUGGUAAACGACCAAACACUCUUAUAUUCAACAGUAAAACAAUCCAUACUUUGUAAAUGGCCAAAUCCAAUUUGAAAAACAUCACUUAUAAGACUACAACUAACCAAUCAAGUGACUCAGAUGUUUCAUGGAUAUAGCAAUGAAGAAUUUUGAAAUAUCUCGGAUAUUUUUUAUACAAAAUGCCAAAAUAAAAGUUAUGACUGGAAAUAAAAUCAAACAUCUGAAAAUGAUAUGAUAUCAUGUAUCUGAUAUGAUCUCCAGAUAUGUGAUAUUCAUGAUUAAGUUAUGCAGUAUAUUAUGUCAGACUGGAGGUAGGAUCACUAUUAGCUGUUCCUAUAUGUAACCACAUUUAAAAUGCUUUGUACAUAAAAGUGAAACCAAGAGAAGUAUAUCCAAGGUAUAGAUAACCCUGUGUAUGUGAACACCUCAGAAACCAAGGAACACCCUGAAAUGUGAAUCUGUUUUUGUUCAUCUACUUUUGCAGUGUUUGUUCCAUCAAAACCUAUUCAUGUGAAUGCCUGCAAGUGUUAAGAGUUCUGGCCAGCUACUGUAUUGUUUAUUUAGACAGGUUUUACUGUAUAUUUAUUUAAUGACUGAAAGCAAAUGAAUGUAAUUAUUAUGCACUAGAAAAAAUGAAUGAACCAAAUAAUUAUAAUAUGUAAAAUUAAUUUGUGAAAGCUCAUUGUCAUUCUGUAUUAGAAUUUACGUUGUGUUGAGAUAUUUACUUUCCUAAUUUAUGUUCUUAGGCCAGGGUAGUCAAUAAAGUGUUAAACACAUCAUGAUUUUUUAACAUUUUCUACUUUUUCAUUCAACCUUGAUCCAGUCUUGUUUACUCAUUUUUUUCUCUGAAAAAAUAGAUUUCUGAUUCUGUCGAUAAACGUUUUGAGUAGAGUUUUGGAGAAAAGUAGAACAGAGUUAGGGACACACAUGAAUGUUUAACGAUUUGUUAACUUACUCAGGCCUUACACUUUAGGUACUGCUUCUACUUAGGAAGAAGACAUUAAACUAUUUGAAAAUAUUUGUAGGAACUACCAUACAUGUAGACAUUGCUAAAUAAUUAUCUUGUGUAGUCCUUCCAGAGGUCUACAAAUAUAUAUAUAUAUUUUUACUUAAAAAUUGUUUUUACUUUUUUGUGUAUAUUAUACAUGUAUUGUCUUUAUGUAAAUAUAAAUUCAGAAUUUAA